AUGGACCCGAGAGCCCAGAACUCGCCCCAGUUUUUGCGCUUCUCGCCUAUUGCGUCGCUUCCCGCGUCACUGGCCCCUUUAGCCGCUCCCGUUCACACCCUCCCAAACUCAGCCCAGCCUCUUCCUCCUCUCCCACCCCCUCUGACCGUUUGUCCCACCCUAUCCACCCAUCCCCCCCCAAAUCAUCUCUCCUCUGGGCCCCUGGUCUGUUUUUCCUGGUCUUUUCAUUGCAGUGGCUGGUGUGAACCCAGCGGCCUUGCGCUCUCCCUCUCCGGCUCUUGA